AUGCCACCGGAAGUUGAAAAGACGCUGUCGCUGGUGCCUCCACUGAUAUCCAAUAGCGGGACCACUCGGCAUCGGGGUCCCUGCGAUGUCUGUGUCCUGCGUGUCCUGCGUCCUGUCCACAGCAGCUCCAGUCGCACGUCACCGCUGGACUUGAUGACCAGAGAGUGUCUCGCCUCUGGGACGCUGUCCUCGGCCUCCCUGAAGACAAAGUUCAUAAAGAAGAGGAGGGUGGCCCCGUGGGUGCAGCACGAUGCGGACAGCGACUCUCAGCUGUGCAGGUUCUCCACAUUUUGCAUGUCUGGCAGUAGUCGCUCUGUUCGUCGGAUUUUGACAGCCUGCAUCCUCUCUUUCCUGGCCCUGCUUGGCUCUGUGUCCAUAGACCUCAGCUCCAACUUUGACCUGCUGCACACAACAGAGGCCGCUUACGACGAGCUUACUUCGUGCAGGACCAUAGCCAUCCUGCAACUCGUCAGUAAGCUUCAAAAGAUGAGACAUUUAAUUACCCAAGACCCGGGGAAUGAGACGUUGGAGGCCAGUAUUUCAAAGAUUUUGUUUCCAUCUCACCUCUCUGGUGAAAUGGCAGCUAAUAGCGAUGGCCAUGGGAUCCCCUGUAGUGUCGAGUUGGCUGGAUUUCGCCAGGAGUUGCGGUGGAGCGUUCAAGGAUUUCUAAAUUCUUCUAUGGAUACAAAUGACACAAGGGGAAAUGGUACCUCUGCUUUCUCCCUGGCCAUCGGAAGACUUCUAGACAUCUGGGGUACCGUAGAAGAUACUUUAAUCAAAGUCAACCAGAAUUUGAACUGGAAAGAUGUACUGUCCGCAAGACUACUGAUACAAUUCCUAGAGCUCAACCACCAGUUGAUGGACUUCCCCCACGUGGCAACUCACCCUGACUUCCAGUACAAAUGGACGUAUGUACUAAGCCACCUCGGCUUUGCCCGAGUUAUGGCGGAACAACUGAAUGACUGCUGGGUGGAGAACAUAGACCGUAAGGCAAACUUAAGCCACACUCUAAAAUAUUCUUAUAUUUUCAACACAAGUCUUUGGCGGAUCUCAGGCUCAAGGACAGAGCUCCUGUCUGGGUCUCACACUGGAAUUCAGGCUCUGACAUACACUCAGCAGUGCUUGUUUGAUCGGGCGGUGCCAGCUCUCAGGUUGGCGUCUCGCGCCGUGUCUUCGGGCCUCAGUAUGAGGGUCUGCCUGCUGUCCAUAGCCUGCCUCAUCUACCCGGUAGUGAUGAUCUCGUUCAAGCAGAUGACCGAGUGGAUACAGAACUACGCCAAGAGCUUGAAGGAGAAGACCGAGGACCUGAAGCGCCAAAGGCAGUUGGCCGAGGACCUUCUCCACCAAAUGCUACCCAAGUCGGUCGCCAGGCAGCUCCGCCAGCACAAACAUGUCGAGGCAGAGAGCUACGAAAAGGUGACAAUUUUUUUCUCAGACAUUGUGGGCUUCACCUCCAUCUCUGCAUCCUGUGCUCCUCUUCAAGUGGUGGAGAUGCUGAACAACCUGUACAUGUGCUUUGACACACGCAUAGACUCCUACGACGUCUACAAGGUGGAGACGAUUGGGGAUGCGUACAUGGUUGUGAGCGGCCUGCCUGAGAGGAACGGGGACAGACACGCUGAUGAGAUUGCCAAGAUGGCGCUGGAUCUGGUAGCAGCCGUCAGGCAGGUCUCCAUCCCUCACAUGCCCGACCACAGGCUGCAGCUCCGAGCCGGUAUCCACACAGGUCCAUGUGUGGCAGGAAUAGUGGGCUACAAGAUGCCAAGAUACUGUCUGUUUGGAGACACUGUCAACACAGCCUCCAGAAUGGAGUCAACCAGCAUGCCACAGAAAAUCCACACCAGCUCAGAAACCUUUUUGGCUCUGAUCAAAGACGACGCCUACGAGCUGCAGCUCCGGGGGGAGAUCGAGGUUAAGGGAAAAGGCAAAAUGAGCACAUACUGGCUGGUGGGCCAUAAGAACUACAGUGUGCAGAAUGACAGCCUGGUUUGCCACUGGAACCCCAACAAGGCCAGAAAGAAGAAGGCGGUGGUGGGCAGCGACGUCUCUGUGGACAAUUCAUCAGUGACAGUGCAGAGCCUCAGUGGGAGCGCCACCCCCCCAGUCUCCCUUCCCUCCUCAGCGUGGACCCGAACCCCCCCCCGGCCCCGGACGGACCAGCCCGGCCUGAGCGUGGCGGCUCAGGUGGAGCCUUGCGGUGCCCUGGGCUCCAUGAUCGGGGGGUUCCAUGGAGGGGACGAGAGCCCUCUGCCCGCCCGGCGGGGGAGCAGCAAUGGGCUGAAAGCCGACCUGCUGCCUGGCUCCAACCUCCACCCGUAACUGGCACGGGACGUCAGUUACCCCAUUAACUUUUGGGGAUUAGCAGUGAUUUCUUUCUGUGGUAUGUAGCGAUAUAUUGUAUACAUAUUUAUUUGAAUUCUCCGAGAACUGUGUUGUAAAUGUAUUAAAAAGUAUUAAUAAAGUUUGUAUGCAUGAUCAGAGUGAUCAGUGAGUUUCAGCUCAUUCUACGAGCUCCUGCGUGUUGUUUGGUCCUGAAACUCAGUGUCUCGAUUCACCCUCACUGCUCUAACUGUUGGUGGAAAACGCAGAAUGCAUGUGCC